AUUUCUCGUCACAUGACUGAUCAAGAUGGAGGAGGUGGACCGUAUUAUUAUCCAUUCUCUUCGUUCUGUCGGCUGUGACAUAGAGGAGGAUGUGCACAGCUUAAGACAGUUCAGCACGGAACUAAUUGUCUCUGCUGCUGUACACUGCAUCCGUUUCAUCAGUCCUGAUGCUGACCUUCCUACAACUCUUCCUCCAGGGAUGUCAGCCCGUUUUCGGAUGGGUGCAUCACUUGCUAACUAUAUUCAGGAAAUGGGCUACAAAGGCAGUGACCUUGGUUACCAGACCUUCUUGUAUUCUAAUGAGUCUGAUAUCCGCAAAAUCUUUAUGUUUCUAGUGGAAAAACUUCCGAAGGAUACGUCACAGACUGCAGAUGAACCUUUAGGAUCAUCAGUUUUACUACACAGAGCUGUUAGCAGUGAGAUUGAUGCUCAGCUUGGUCUGCCUUGGUUACCAACAUAUCUGAAGCAGCAAGGGAUACGUAUCCGCAGCAAGCUUCCAGGAUGGCACAGAGAGGGGAGUCAGUCAAUGCGCUUUUUUCAUUCCUGCCAUAUGUCUCUGCCAAGUAAUGUGGCAAAUCUCGCAGUCAAACUGCCAAAAGAGCAGCGUCGGUAUUACAGCGAAUACCUACCUUACCUGACAAACCAGCUGCCUAGACAUGUUGACACAGGGCCAUCUGUCUUGGAGGCUACAGCUUUAGAAGUAGCAACUCAGCAGGAGUGGGAUAAUGAAUGGAACAGUUCUGGACUUGCUUCAAGGCUUUCUCAAAAGGAUUACAAGGCACGAAAACGAGAGAGGAUACGAAAGAUGCUAAGUGAUCGCCUUCAGCAAGAUGGCAAGCAGCGAGAAGGGGAGAAUGUUUUGGAGGCUGUUCGUGACCUCCAGCAUGCCAUGAGCAUCGUGGGUCAGAAUGCUCGCCCAGCUGCAAAGAUGAAGGGCUCGCGAUUUGCUCAUACAGAAAAACUUCUCUACAGCAAGGAUGAUGAGAAGACGCUGGCACAGAUUGGGGGAGCAGCUGUAUCUAAAGACACAGAGGAGGAGACACAACGUAAAUGGGAGGAAGAGGCUACAGGAUUGCGGGAGGAAUUGAGUCAACUGAUGUCGCAGCUUGAGCACCUGGAUGUCAGCAUGCGCAAAAUGGCUGCCAGCAAGCAGCAAAUGGAGGAGGUGAUAGCGUUGGAGGGUCAGCAAACCCAAGAGAGAGAGGAAGCAUUACAAGUAAAGAAACGCACGCUAGACCUGCUGCCUGAUGCACAAAACAACAUCGCCAAACUCCAGGCUGUUGUGGAGAGUAGUGCACAGCGUCUGCUUAACCUGGCAACACAAUGGGAAAAGCACAGGGCUCCUCUCAUAGACCAAUAUAGAAAACUCCGCCAACUGAGUUCUCAGCGAGAAUCUGAAGCACAGAAGCAACUAGAAGCAAUAAAAAUAUUCCGAGCCAAGAUGAAAGAGGUGGCUGAUGAAGCACGGCAGAAAGACGACCUCUACAAGCAGCUGCAAUCAGAAUAUGAACGGAUGACCAAAGAUGUCAACAGAUCAGCUUAUACACGAAAGAUAAUGGAAAUCGUGGCCAAUAUUAAAAAGCAGAAGCAAGAAAUUGAUAAGAUUCUUAUUGACACGAAGAGUGUCCAGAAGGAGAUCAACUCAUUGUCAGGGAAGCUGGACCGAACAUUUGCAGUUACAGAUGAGCUUAUAUUUAGGGAUGCCAAAAAGGAUGAAGGAGUGAAAAAAGCCUACAGGUUUUUAGCAGCCUUACAUGAGAACUGUGAGCAGUUGACAAAGACUGUGGAAGACACUGGUGCUAUCCUACGUGAGAUCAGAGAUCUGGAGGACCAGAUAGAGACAGAAAGUCAUAAGAAGGUACUUGCCAACCUGGAGAAGAUUACGGAAGAUUACCAGCAGAUGAAGAAAGAAAAUUCAGCUCUAGCGGCAAAGCUGAAGCAAAAAUAGAAGCAUCGCCUUUGAAUGUCCAGUAUUACAGGACUGCUACAAAUCUGACCUCCCCUUGUCACCGGUUGCUGAUACUAGCACAGGCAGGGCUUUCAAGUCUUAAAAUUUUGUUGGUUAGAGAAAGAUAUUUUUUAGGAAAUGACUGGUUUCUUGUUAACAAGUGCGCUUUGUGUCAAACUACUACCAGGGUUUGCCUUCAGUUGUGCCGUUUUAGGCAUAUGAGCUUCUUACAUAAAACAGGAUGACGUAAAGCACUGACAGUUGAACUGGAAAACAAGGGUUGCAGAUUUUAAGUUUUGCAUGUCUUGUUAUGCACGGUUGUUUUACAUAACAUUCUUGAAGGCCUUGGAGAGCAGUAAAGGAAAUUUUGAAAAAAAAAAAACCCUAAAAAGUUGAGGUUAAUAGAGGGCUUGCACAAGGUUCACAACUCGCUUUAAAGCUAGAUCUGCAAGUGGCAGCAUCCCAGUGUGACUGUAUUACAUCACAAGAAAAGAGGUGUCUCUGAAGAAUUCGCUGUUUUAAGUGCAUGUUUUCUGGCUGUUUUGCAAUACCUAUGAUAGAAUAGCAUUCUGGCAUUAUCAUUAUCAUGACAAUCUAAGGUGCUAAAAUGUUGGACACAAAAGCAAGAUGGAAGCAUCUAGUUCCACUUCCUGCAGCAUGGUUUUUAUAAGCAUGGGGUCUAAGGGAGGAAACUAUAACUUCCCCUCACAUAAGAUCCCCAGAAAUCUUUAAAAUUGAAACCUCUAGUUAAUGAGCUAUCCAAUAUUAACAACUGCUUGAUGAAGAUCAAAUUUUCUUGGAAGAUACGAUCAAAGAGUUCAUUGAGCAUUAACAGAGACUUGAUCAAAUGUGAACUUAUAUUCAAAUGUGUAUAUGCAACUUGUACAUGUGUGACUGCACAUUUGAUUGCAGAAAAUAUGAUUGCCUUUUAUUUAUACACAAGUUCUUGGUGUCUAAUGGGCGUGUACACCCAUGUCGGUAAUACUUUAGUCACUACCACCAAAGAUAAGGAACAGUCUGGUGUUUGAUUAUGUUCUUUGAAGCAAAGGAAUGUAUUUACUUUACUACUAAGUUGUCAACAAUAAUAAUCACUGUAAGCUGAUAUUUAUGUGAUGAUCAGUUUUAAUGUUUAAGAAAAUACUCAAGUAUUCCUAUUGAAUUUGCACAGCCUUGGUCUAAUGUUACAGGUAAACAAGACUUUUCUUACGUUAAUGUAAUCUGCAGAUGAUUUAUACAAGGUUCUUGUUUUGAUUAUUUGUUUAUUGAAUGUAUGGACAUUUCCUAGAUAACUAUUUCCAUGCUAAGGACAGCGUAAACUACAUAGAUUAUGUGUAGCAAGUACAUGAUCCAUAAGUUGUGACAAGUGGCUAUGUGUGAAUUCAUGGAACUUUUUAAAAUUUAAAUUUGCAUUUUGGAAUGGAAGGCUUGCAAAUAUGCAUGUGUCUAAAUGUACCAGUAAACAUGAUGGAAAACAAUAAAUAUGUCACAAAACGUUUCACCUU